AGAGGAUGUAAAGCUGAACUUGGUUCUGUGUGGAAAUGACAGAAGAUUGAAAAGCUCCAUAUCAAAGUUGAUGAUGAAGGAGAGCAGCAGAAGAUCAGUGAUGAGAUCAGACUUCAUGAGGAGAGAGAUGGAGGUGUGUGGGCGUCUGAUCAAUCUGAUGGAGCUUCCAGCUCUGAGUCGACUCUCAGAUGAUGAAGUGAUGCGUCAGACUCUCAGCUGUUUGUCUCUCUGUGAUCCUGGAGUUCAUGUGUUUCUCAUUAUUGUUCCUGAUGAUCCACUGACUGAUGGAGACAAAGAAGAAAUGCAGGCGAUUCACAGAAUAUUUGACUCUGGAGAAAACUUUGUAGUGAUUUUUACAUCCGAGUUCACAGUUGACAGAAGUGUAGCAGAUACUCAAACAUUCAGCACAGAAACUCAGAGUCUGAUCAGUCUUUGUGGAGGAAGACACAAAGUGUUGGAGUUGAAAGAAGAUGAAAAAUCCAAACAGAUUCCUGAUCUUCUGGAUUAUAUUGAAGACAUAAAGACUGAGCCCUUUUCACUUCAGAUGUAUGUCAGAGCUCAAGAAAAGAGAGGGAUACUUGAAACUGAAGAGAAAUUUAAAGAAAACCUUACAAUAAUGGAGAACAAAAUCAAGCAGUUAGAGCAGAAGAUUAAAUUAGAUGUUGCACAACUUCCAGAAGAUCUGGAGUUUUUGAGAAUCGUGUUGAUCGGCAGAACAGGAAGUGGAAAGAGCGCAACAGGAAACACGAUACUGGGACAAAAUCAGUUUUUAAGCAAAUUAAGCUCAGAUUCAGUGACAACUGUUUGUGAGAAGAGAGUUUGUGAGAUUGGUGGUCGUUCAGUAGCUGUUGUUGAUACUCCAGGUCUGUUUGAAGCCACAAUGUCAAAUGAAAAAAUACAAGAAGAAAUUGUGAAAUGUGUCUCAAUGGCAGCACCUGGACCUCACGCCUUCAUCAUUGUGUUGAGUUUGGGUAGAUUCACUCGAGAAGAAUCAGACACAAUAGAUCUGAUGAAAAAGAUCUUCGGUCCAAAUGCGGCACAGUUCAGUCUUGUUCUGUUCACAAGAAGAGAUGAUCUUGAGGAUGAAUCCAUAGAGGAUUAUGUGAAGAGCAGUAAAUCUGCAGAAUUGAAGAAACUGAUCAGAGACUGUGGAAACAGAUACCUGGCCUUUAAUAACAAAGAAAAACAAGACAGAACUCAAGUGAUGAAACUGAUAAAGAUGAUAGAAGAGAUGAAAACAACAAAUCAUGGCAGAUAUUUCACUAACAGCAUGUUUGAAGAGGCAGAGAUGAGCAUUAAAAAGAGAACGGAGCAAAUACUGAAAGAGAAAGAGAGAGAAAUUCAAGCAGAAAAAGAUGAAAUAAAAGCCAAAUAUAAGAUUGAAAUGGAGAACAUAACAAAGAGAUUAGAAAAAGAGAAGCAGAUAGUGGAAGAAGAAAGACUGAAGAUGGAGAAAAAGUUCAGAGAAAAAGAAGAAACUCUGAGAAAAGACUUUGAGGAGAAAGAAAAAACAGCACAGCAGAAAAGAGAGAAAGAGAAGCAGAAACAAUUAGAGGAGGAAAAACAACAAAGAGAUAAAUAUCAUCAGAAGAUAGAAAAGAUGAAGAGAGAGAUUGAACAACAGAGGUUACAAUAUGAAACGAGAGAGAAAAAGAGAGAAGAGAAAUACAGACAAGAUCAAGAGAAGAUGAAACAUGAACACAAACAAAUAAUAGCAGAAUUACAAAAGAAACAAGAAGAGGAGAUUAAAAAGAGAGAUUUAGAUGAACAAAAGAGAAGUGAACAAGAAGAGAGAGAGAGAAAAGAAUGGGUGAGAAAAAUAAGAGAAGCUGAAAAUGACAAAAAAGAGACUCAAGAGGAAAUUAAACGACAACAGAGAGAAUGGGAGGAGGAGAAGAAACGACAGAUGAGAGAACGAGAAGAAGAGGAAAGAAAGAGAAAAGAAACACACGAGGAGCAAUUGAGAGAAAAACGAGAAGAACUGGAGAAAAUGAGAAAGAAAUUUGAGAAAGAGAGAGAAGAAGAGAGACAAAAGAUAGAAGAAGAGAGACAGAAACGAGAGAGAGAACAGAAAGAGAAAGAAAAUGAACAGAUAAAAAAUGAAAUGAUGAAACAUUAUGAGAAAAUGGAUCAAGACAGAAAACAGGAGUGGGAGAGAAGAAAACAAGAGGAUGAUAAGAGAAGAGAAGAGGAGAGAAAGAGAUGGAGGGAAAUAAAUGAGGCUAUUAAAAUGGAAAAAGAAGAAGAGAUCAGAAUAAGAGAAAUAGAGGCGAAAAAACAAAAAGAAAUUAAUCAGGAACAUGAACGGAAAAUAAAAGAGAUAAAGCAGAAACAUGAAGAUGAAGCCAGAAAACAUGAUGAAGAAUUUAAUGAAUUCAGAGAGAGAAAAGAGAGACAUGUUAAAGAACUUAAAGAAAUGCUGGAGGAACGAGAAAAACAACACGAAUUACUAGAAAAACUUCAUCAACACUUGAAAGCACAGAAAGAUGAAGAAAUAAGACAGCUACAAACAGAACUUUAUAUGCUAAAAAAUAAAUCAGAAUGUGUCAUACAGUGA